AUGAGGCAAGAGGGGGAGAAUGGUGAGAGCUCAAGGGGGUCAAUCCCAAUUUCGAUUCCGUACUCAGUAGAGAAGGAGGAUGAAGACGAAGGAGAGAAGGAGGAAAAAAGGGGUGUUAGGCCUACAACUCAGGGGGAGUUGCUUACAUACAGUAGGAGGGAGAAUGAACCAGAGGUGCCUACAGUAACAGUGCCAGUGCCUAGUCCCUCGUCCAACUCUGAUCCAACUCCUGAGAUACCUACACAACCCUCCACUAUAGAUCAUUUUGUUUCUUAUUCUCACAUAUCCCCUUCACAUGGAGCAUUCAUUGCAUCAUUAGAUUCUGUUAUUAUACCUAAUAGCUGGCAGGAUGCUAAGAAGGACCCAAAGUGGAAGGCUGCUAUGCAUGAGGAGCUGGGGGCUCUUGAGAAGAACCACACAUGGGAGUUAGCAACACUGCCAGCAGAAAAAAGAGUAGUGGGAUGCAAUGGCGAAGAUGAGUACUGUUCGAACGCUGAUUUCUCUGGCAACAAAUGGUGGAUGGGAACUACACCAACUGGAUGUGAAGAAUGCGUUUCUUCAACAAAUGGUGGAUGGGAACUACACCAACUGGAUGUGAAGAAUGCGUUUCUUCAUGGAGAUCUAGUGAAAGAGGUGUAUAUGGAGAUACCACCUGGAUGUGGAUGUGAAGAAUGCGUUUCUUCAUGGAGAUCUAGUGAAAGAGGUGUUCAGGAGAGUCAUGGGGAUGAUGAGAAGGAGAUUGCUCAGCUCAAGGUAAGAUUGAGCAGAGAAUUCGAAGUGAAGGAUCUGGGUCAACUUCGAUACUUUCUUGGGAUAGAGAUAGCUCAUGGACCUAAGGGGAUUGUUCUCUCACAGAGGAAGUAUGCACUAGAUCUUCAUGCAGAGACGGGGAUGUUGGGGUGCAAGCCUGCUGCUACACCGAUUGAUCAUAGUUUCAAGCUGAGUACUGAGGCAGGAGAACCUGUUGAUCGUGAGAGAUAUCAUAGAUUGGUGGGAAGGUUGAUCUACUUGAGUCACACACGUCCAGACAUCUCAUUUGCGGUAAGCGUGGUGAGCCGCUACAUGCAUGACCCGAGGAAGGGUCAUAUGGAUGCAGUAUAUCAGAUACUGAGGUAUCUGAAGGGAUCCCCUGGUAAGGAACUAAGAUUCAAGAGGAGUGGCCAUGUGAAUAUUAAGGGCUACUGUGACUCGGAUUGGGCUAGCUGCGGAGAUGAUCGGAGGUCUACCUCAGGGUAUUGUAUAUUUGUAGGAGGCAACUUAGUCUCAUAG